AUGGGACAGGACAGUGUAUUCAUCGUACGCGCUGAGUAUUUUGAGGGGUUUGACGGUGACGCCUGGGUCAGCGUAGGCUCUCAGGAUUUCGACGAUCCGGACAACGAGGAAGCUGACUGGGUGACCGUAGUUCUUCCUGAAGAAAUGGGCCAUACCCAUAGUGAUGAAGAUAUUAUGAUGUAUGUACUUCAUAACAUUCAAAUCAGGCGAGCCGUGGUGAGCGAAGUGGCACUGCAUAACAUGGGGACAGUUUGUAUUUCGAUCCCGAUUCCGGUUGGUAAUGCUGACACGACUUCAAUCUUGGUUCGCGCCGAGACCGACGUGAAUAAGUGGCUCGAACAUAUUCGCAAUGGGAUGGUUGCUCUUGACCGGGAGGUGAUCUUUGGUCGGUAA